GACGUCCAUAAUUCAUGUACAAUUCACAAUUCGAUUGGCCGCAACGACGCACGAAAUACCAGCCACCACUAUGGCGGAAGCCUUUGACCCUUUCGCCAAUUCUUCCCAUCACCAAUCGAACGGCGAGAACUAUGGCGACGGCCGCGACGACGACGACGACGAACUCGAGGAAGUAACGGUCCUGGACGACGACGAAUCCUACGAGGAAGUCACCCUUGGCGACGAAGAAGAGGAGGCGUUCGGUACGGACCAUGCCAUCUCGCACACGGAACACGCAAUCUCGAACCAUGCUAACAGGAAUGGGAACGUGGGUGCCGCGAAUUACGAUACCGGUGCCUUUGGCGAGGAGAUAGAAGAAGUUUCCUUUGCCGCCGACGACGACGACGAGUAUGUCUAUUAUUUGGAGGAAUCGGUAUGGAUCGAGGAGGACGACCUCCCCGAGUUUCCCGGUCCCGUGUCUCCCGAAAAGCACGACCAGGACGACGGUAUCAGCGAGAAUGCCAGCUUCGAGAGCUACAUGGAGAGCUUCCGAAUAAGCAAGAGCAGCAGCAAUCUCGAUGCYACCGGGAGCAGUUCUCUGGCCAGCAGUAGCAGGAAAACGGACUCCGACUCCUCGAGGAGGAGGAGGAGAGAACGAACGUGGCGGAAUGGAAGCAACAACAGGAAUCCAUCCAAGCCCGGAAGAAUGGAAAUCAUCGACGAAGGCUCCCACAGCCACAGCAAAUACAGCGAGGACCAACCAACACCAGCCCCGAACCGAAAAAAGAUAAUACGGAGGAGGCGGGUGCGGAAACCCGGUUCCGGAGGCGAGCGAGAUUUUCGCGGCGCUACGAGUUCGUCCGUUUCGUCUGCCACCGGCCAGAGCGCGUCCACUGCGUACAGCCAAAGCAGCAGGCAACAAUCGUCGAGAGCACCCACCCAUGCGGGCGAAAACACACACGCGAGUUUGAGGGUUUCCCCGGGACCGUCGUCGCCGCAACACCCUCGCCCCAAUCGACAACGGAUGCACAGCAACGCCAACGAYCGCCRGGGAGUAUCCGGGAAGAGCCACUAUUCGGAGGAAGGAUCGCUUCGAAGCGGGGAAUGGUCCGAAGCAUCGGGGAGAACGAACACCAGCAACCUUCGGCGGCACGGGCCUCCGGCCAGGAUCCGAGCCAAGCCGCGGAGACGCACCGGAACCGGUGCGGCACGGAAGUCCCCGGGGAGCAGCGUCUCCACGGUCACCACUGCGAGCAGCUGCGAGGAACGRCGCUAUACCAACAGCGUCGCCRUCCUGGGGACCAUGUCCGGGGUCGGCAAGAGCGUGAUCGCCGCCGGCAUUUGCAGGGUGCUCGCCAACGGCGGAACGAACUGUGCGCCCUUCAAGGCKCAGAACACGGGCUCGGGGACGUCCCCCGCGCUGCUCCCGGACCCCUCGCGSAGGAAGGACCUGUACGGMUCCUUUGCCGCCAGGACGGGCCCGACCGACCGCACCGAACAAGGGGCCCGCGAGGGGAAGGCUUUGCCRCAGGGGCCUCCAAAAGCCCCSGCGGACGACCAGGGCUGGGGCCAGAUCAGCACGGCACAGGCCAUGCAGGCCGAGGCGUGCAAGAUAUUGCCGCGGGUCGACAUGAAUCCGUUGUUCUUCAAGUCCGGGGAGAGGGACAUGGAACGCGACGAGGCAUUGUGUGCCAUGAUCGUUAUGGGGAAACAGAUCCUCCGGGAGACGUACUCKGCCUUUUCWACGAGAAUCCGUGCGCUGCGGAACAUUGUUCUGGACGCGCACCGUUCCCUGGCAACCGUCACGGGGGCGGAGGUAGUUGUCGUCCAGGGGGCCGGUUCCUGCUCGGAACUCCAUCUCAUGGACGGGGACAUUGUCAACCUUCCGAUUGUGCGUCGCCUGAAGGUACGUGGGACAUCGCCGUGUGCGUUCUAGGUGCAAYGGUGGAAACAGAACGAUUUCGGUGCAGCAGCAGCAGGAGCCGUUSUGUCCUUGUUGGUUUGCGCCUCCAUCGUGUGGUUGAAUACGUGUACCUUACACUUCGUAACUUGCGAUGGUUUUCUCAGUGUCCCUGGUUUCUUGUUGCGAACGACGAAAACGGGGGCGUCUUUGCUCAGGUCGUUGGUACCAAAAUGUGUCUUUCCAAGAGAGACUGGGACCUGUGCGUGGGAGUGAUUGUGAACAAGGUGAAAGGGGACAUCGAGGSAUACUCGGGGGGCUUGAAGACACUAAAACAGAUGGCGGGGAAGCCACUGUUCGCAAUACCAUUUCUCGAAAAUUGGCACGGGCGAAAAGAGGCCGGGAUAAACAUCGAAGAUAGGCUUUCUUGGGAGAGAAGAGGGGACCACAACCAAUACAACGAUCGCGGGGAGACGGACAGAGUGGACCAUUACAAAGUAGCGAGGGAAAAACCGGUAGUUGUAGUAGUUGCAUAUCCUCACUCAACAAUAUCCAGCGACCUGAGUCCUCUGGAAAGCGAUGGUAGAUUUUCCAUCGAGUGGCGAAGGAAACGGGUACCAAAACCCUAUCCCGCCACCGCAGCGGUGAUUCUUCCGGGCUCUAGGCUUCCGCUACCGGACUUGAAAUGGAUUAAUGUAAGUACACGUGUAGUUCCGAAUCAAAUAUUUUGGGGGUCGCGUGGAAUUCCGAUCAGUUCGAUGGUAUGGUAUGCAAGCGAUUUCUCUAAUCUAUCUGGUUUUCUGCUCUUGGAAACAAAACCCAAAGGAUUCUGGGUGGGCGGAUUUUAUACGGGAACACGUUGCGGCUGGAGGGACGGUUCUGGGUAUGUGCGGUGGCUACCAGAUGCUCGGUCGGAAUCUAAAGGGAGAAAACACCAUCCGAAAAGGCAUCGGGCUCUUUCCGUUGUCGUUCACCGCAAAACCCGCAGAAUGCAAACACCUCAAUCGCAUGAAGGGCCAACUCUAUCCUUCAGGGCUCUACGUCGAAGGGUACGAACUAGACUGUGGGCCCAAGCAAGUUGUCGUUUCCGAGCGAAAGGAUAUUGCCGAUGCAUACCGAGGAAUGGCUCCUCUUCUCGCAUACGACAAUGGUAGGUUUAUUCAAGACUGGAUCACGACUGCUACGAUGAAAAACUUUAACUAACUCGAAUCAAUCUUGUUCCUCCAAUUGUUUUAUGGAUGGCAGGCAAACCAGAGGGCAUGUUGCUUGGGCGCGUAAAAGGGACAAACAUUCAUGGAAUACUGCGCUCCGCGAAUGUUCGGUUGGAGCUCUUGGUCCCAAAGGAGGACAGAGAAAAAUGGCCCAUUCUUUCGGAAAGUGCCAGCGUUUCUAUCGAAGAUCCACUCGACGACCUAGCAAGAUGGUUGCAGGUUUGCGGACUCGAUCACGACAAACUACGGGAGAUAAUUGUUGCCGAGGACGCACCACAGUAGUAGCAGACACUUUGUGUUAGAUUUUUUCAGAGAAGUAUUACUUGCGUUUAUGAAUCUUUUUUCCAGAGCAGAGGAGGAAUUAUUGACUUGAUAGUCGUUAACAAUGAGGACAAGAACACAUCAACAGCAACAGGAGCAAGCUCUGAGAUGACAAUGAACGUCAAUAGAAAAG